CCCCGCCCUCCCUUUCCUCACUCCCACGAGUCCCAGUCCCAGUCCCAGUCCCAGUCCCGUCAGCUUCUCGCGCCAGUUCCUCAGACCUUGGCCACCCGACACCACCACCCAGGGUCAGGACCAAACAACAACCACCCUCCACCACCUGCACCUCAUCAACCACGACAUGCGAAACCUGUUGUCGUUUCGCCCUCGAUCUUUCUCUUCAUAACAACCAUCUAUCUCCUAACCGGUGGAUCUUCAACUUCGAUGACGACGUGUUGCUUCUCUCCGGUCUGAUCUGUUCCUGAACUCCGGUUUCCCCAGCACACUCGCCGCCACGUCGACCCUCACGCUCGCUCUGUUCUAUCACACGCCCUCUUGAAUCUGGAUGCUCUUGCAACUAUUACGCAAGGACCACCAAACCAGCAUCUGAAGCCAAUCUGAAGUCAUCAAACGAUCUUCGACGACAACUCAACCCCAUCUCGACCCAGCUCACACUCACUAACCCCACACUCGUUCCUGCAUCUCGAGUUGUGAGCUCCGGACAACCAAACCACGUGCCCCGCCUUUGUUCAUUCUGAUCCUAAAUACCUAUUCACCUGCUUUGUCCGGAUCAGAAUUCUCUCACCUCUGAUCUCAGCUAAUUAAUUCCAUCACACCUUCGCGAUGCGUCUCCCCUCCUAUGGCGCGGCGGCGCUGUCCGUGUUGCUUUCUCUAGGAUCUCUGGGCUCGGCUGAACGUGUCUUCCAGUCUUCCUCUCUGGAAAUCUGUCAGGACAACUCUACCAUCUCUGCCACUCUCUUCAACGUUGCUUUCACACCGGGGAACAGAUCCGCAUCACUAACCUUCGACGGCCAGUCGACAUAUGAAGGUAAUGUGACAUUUAAUGUCACAGCCUCCGCCUAUGGUUAUACUUUCCUCAGAACAAACUUGGAUCCUUGUACAUUCUCAGGUCUGGAAACGCUCUGCCCGUUACAACACAUUGAUAUCGGCUUCUAUGAGACCUUUGAAAAUAUCUCAACCGAUACCAUCGGAAACAUCCCCGGGAUUGCUUAUACUAUUCCGGAUCUGGAUGCCGUCGUAGAGAUCAACAUGUAUGCCCGGGGCGACAGUCAGAUUGAAUCGCAUCGACUAGGCUGUGUCCGUCUUCGUCUUUCCAAUGGCAAGACAGUCAACCAAACCGCAGUGAAGUGGGCAACAGCAGCGAUUGCGAUUAUUGGACUUUUAGCAUCAGCCAUUGUUUCUGGACUUGGCCAUACCAACACUGCUGCCCACGUCUCUUUGUACGCAACAGCACUAUUCAGCUAUUUCCAGAACAUCGCUAUCAUCGGCCUCUGCGCAGUCCCCCUCCCACCUAUUGUCAUCUCCUGGACUCAGGAUUUCGUUUGGUCGGUAGGAAUCAUCAGGGUCGGAUUUCUCCAAAAGUUUGCUACUUGGUAUCAACGAGGUACUGGAGGUAAACCAACGAGCAUCCUCGUGACACUCGGAAGCAAAUCGGUGCAAGUUGCCAAGCGUGGUCUGGAUAACUAUGGUGGGAAAGCCAUCGUCGCGGCAGGACAUGCCAUCUAUCGACGAACCCAAACCGUUGUCACCAAUGCUGGUGGGGCCUAUGUUGUAACUGGUCUCCAGCGGGCAGCCUUCCUCGCGCCAAUGGAGCCGACCAACCUCUAUGUCACAUGCGUGACUUUCUACUUCAUCUUCUGCUUCUUCACACUUCUCGUCAUCUUCCUCUUCAAGGUACUUUGCGACGUAGCUAUCCGAGCAAGGUGGAUGGAGAGCCAAAACAACCGCUUCCAGGACUUCCACGACAACUGGCGAAUCAUGUUGAAGGGCACAAUGUUCCGUCUCAUUCUCAUCGGUUACGCACCCAUGAUGAUCCUAUCGCUCUGGGAAUUCACACAAGUCGACUCCCCAGCCGAGGUCUUUAUGGCAGUCAUUUUCUUUGUCGGCAUGAAUGGUGCUCUCUAUCUCGCCGCCUUCCACGUCAUGACCAUCGCUCAUCGCUCAGGACACAAGCAUCAAACACCCGCCUAUCUCUUGUACACAAACGCCACCACCCUCAAGAAAUGGGGUUUCCUUUUUAUUCAAUUCCGCGCCUCGGCCUACUGGUACAUCGCGCCGACUCUUUUCUACAUCCUUUUGAAAUCCUUCUUCGUCGGCCUGUCUCAGAAAUCCGGCCUCGCUCAAGCUAUUGCUCUCUUGAUCAUCGAAGCUGCAGCUCUCAUUGGCGUCUCCGUCAUCCGACCUUAUAUGGACAAAACAUCCAACAGCAUGCACAUCGCCAUCUGCGUUGUGCAAUUCCUCAACGCUGUCUUCCUCCUCAUCUUCACCGAUGUUUUCGAUGGCCCAGGUCUCCUCAUCGGUGUCUGCGGCGUAAUUUUCUUCUUCCUCAAUGUCAUCUUUGUCUUCAUCCUUCUGAUCAUCGUCCUCGUCGCCUCCACUCUCUCUGUCAUCCGCAAAGACCCCGAGACAAGAUAUCAGCCUAUGGGCGAUAACCGCGGUUCCUUCAUCAAGUCUCAGACGACUCUCACGGCCGAACUCGACAUGCUUGCUGCUACGGCGAGAGAUGCUGGUGAUGGCGAGGGAGGUUAUUCCAAGGAGCAGAUGCAUGCUCGAGGCGCUAGCGCGAGUCCUGUCAGCCACAUUGGCACGGAUCACGGGAGCCAUUAUCGCGACCCCAGUCUCAGCCCUGUUAGUUUUGGAGGACAUGAAGAUCAACCUGGCUGGAGGCCACCGACGGCAACCCAUAGGUCCAUUACGCCACGUCCGAGUAUGGGAUCGGAGAGGUUGAGUGUAAGGAGCGGUAUCAGGCGGCCUCAGUAAACCACGCCAAGCUCGGAAUCGAUUGUACAGCUUGAUUUUUUGAGAUGUAGCGUUGCAUGAAGGUGGAAAGUAAAUCUAUAUAUAAAGUAAUAUGCGAGUAUGGUGCAUUUUUCAAGGAGUUUGGAGUGUGGGAGGUACUUUUUGGGUACAUGUUUCUGUGCCUUUGUGCCAGUCAGUCAUACAGACAAAAUUUUAGAAAUUCUUUGUGUAAUGAAUGAUCUUCGUUCUUCUGACUCUAUAUCACACUGGCUCUAGUUACUUGUUGUAUUCUUGAUUAUUGAUGGGUGGCCUUGGUUUCCGAUGACUUCUUGACCGGGUGUGAGAGAGCUUGUAAGAUGGAAAAGUCGCUGCCUUUCUGGACUGUAAUGUCUGACAGCUUGUGAACCCUUUCAGUGUCAACAGACAAGAAAUACGGACCUACGAAACCAUCGUUCAGAAUUCUACGAUCCAAGCAACAGUUCAGACUGUCCGUUCUCCCAAUGUCUCCAUGCUGCGACUUCCAGCCAAUCUGGAUUCGUUACCAGUGUCAAGCUCUCGACGCGACUCGAACGCGGAUCUAUCCAGCGAGAUAAGCCAGGAAACAUUGCUGUGCAUGUAUUCUAGGACAGAUACCAAGCUUGAAGACUUGUGGGUCUCCAGAGAUCCUCAAGUCCGUACUGCACUUACUUUUGGUCCCUGCUGAGCAUGCCUUUCCCAAACCCCAUGAUCUUCUCUUACAAUCACGCUUCUCCAGGACAUGCCUUAGCAAACAAUACUUCAUUAUGCAGAGGGAAUUGCGGAAGACUUCGAGUCCAGAGGGCAAGCAACAAAUUAUAAUCUGAUCUAAUGUGCGCAGAGCGAAAUAUGUUACAUUUGAAGCACGCAAAUAGCAAACAGCAAAGUAACUAGGCUUUUGUUCUAGCCUUGCCCACAAUUUCCUCUUCCCAAAGUACACACUGAUAAAAUUGAAAGUGAAAUUGAAAGAGGGGCAGAGGUGCAAACAGAAACGAGAAGGAAUCGAACAAUAAACUUGAAAGCCGUCUACAAAGCCAGCUAGAUAGAUUUCUUUUCUUAUCACAUUCGUGACGAUGUUUGACCUUCU